AUGAAGCGAAGUGAUGCGCCGAGCUCCGCGCUGCUAGCCGCUGCUGCUAGCCGUUAAUUGCAGCUAGCGUCUCUGGUGUUGUGUUAACUGACAGCUGGAGCUGCGGGGAGAAGGCGCUGCAACCCUACAUUUUCCUCUGUACCCCGCUCUCAUUUAGACUCUUUAUAUACACCGCUUAUUGAGUCACGACGAAACAAAUCACAGCUAGCAGACUGCCGUGAUUUCACGGUUUCACAACAUGAUAGGAAAAAAAAAAAAAAAAAUGUCGCUGCAUACAUCCAACCUCUAACUGUCCUUUAAAGAAGAGUUUUUAAUGACAACGAAUCAGGAAGAACGAAGUAUGUUAUUUUGACAAAGAUAAAUUGUUGACAGUGUUAAACAAGCCAGUAAUUAACUUCUUGGUUAAGUAAGAAGUUAAGGCAGUGUUUGAAUCACGUUUUGUUUAUGAAAAAAUAACCAGUAGCGUUUAUAUUUAACGGCAAAACAAUAAUGUUCGGAAUGACUAUUUAACUGUUAGCUUUAAAUAAAUGAUACAUGGAUAUAAACAAACGAUGAGGUUGUUGAUUUGUUUACAAAUGAAACAAAUCAAUGAAGUGAACCAUGCGGCGUUCAAUUGACCUGGGAAAGCUAGUUAUCAGCCGCAAACUCUUCUCUAAGGUUUCCAUUAAACACUGGGUUGGUCCAAAGUGGAGCUCUAGUUCCUGGACUCAGAAAGCACGUUGGUUUUGUCAGAGAGGGGGAAAGCUGUUGAUCAUUUAAUUUUCUGGAGGAAUUUUCUGACAUCAUGCCAACACCAAGUGAAAACAUGCUGUUUGGGAUGGGAAAUCCCUUGUUGGACAUCUCAGCUGUUGUGGACAAAGAUUUCCUUGACAAGUUUGGACUGAAACCAAACGACCAGAUCUUGGCUGAAGACAAACACAAAGCCUUGUUUGAAGAAAUUGUCAAGAGAAACAAAGUUGAAUACCAUGCCGGUGGCUCUACCCAGAACUCAGUGAAAAUCGCUCAGUGGAUGCUCCAGAAACCGCAUAAGGUGGCUACCUUCUUUGGGUGCAUCGGGAAGGAUGACUUCGGCAAGAUCCUGAAGAAGAAGGCGGAGGAAGCUCAUGUCGACGCCCAUUACUAUGAGCAGACCGAGGAGCCGACUGGUACCUGUGCAGCUUGCAUCACUGGAGACAAUAGGUCCCUUGUUGCUAACCUGGCAGCGGCAAACUGCUACAAAAAGGAAAAACACCUGGACUUGGACAGCAACUGGGAGCUGGUGGAGAAAGCCAAGGUCUAUUAUAUUGCGGGGUUUUUCCUGACCGUGUCUCCAGAGUCGAUCCUUAAGGUGGCAAAGCAUGCUUCAGAAAACAACAAAAUCUUCUGCAUGAACCUCUCUGCACCAUUCAUCAGCCAAUUCUUUAAAGAGCCCUUGAUGAAGGUGAUGCCAUAUGUUGACAUCUUGUUUGGCAACGAAACGGAAGCGGCCACAUUUGCCAAAGAGCUGGGCUUUGAGACGGAUGACAUUGCAGUGAUCGCGAACAAGACCCAAAACCUCCCCAAGGAGAACGCAAAGAGGCAGCGAUUGGUGGUCUUCACCCAGGGCAAGGACGACACCGUUGCAACUGUUGAUGAUAAAGUGACCAUGUUUCCUGUCUUGGACAUCGACCAAAAUGACAUUGUGGACACCAACGGAGCAGGAGACGCGUUUGUUGGAGGAUUCCUCUUUGCACUUGUCCAAGAGCAGUCAUUGGAGGAGUGCAUCCGGGCCGGACACUAUGCAGCCAACGUGAUCAUCAGACGGGUCGGAUGCACUUUCCCAGAGAAACCGGAUUUUCACUGAUUAAUCCGAUCUGUCACUCCCACAAGAUGCUUACUGUACCAAUUUAUACUCUUCAGGAUUUUACGCGUAUUUUUUUAUUUCCUCUGACUGACAUUUUGAAAAUAAUUGCUGCGGCUUGAUGGAUUUAUCGAGCCAUGAUAAGCAACGGAGAUAUUAUAAUGCAAUUCAAACAAUGUACUAGCAUCGGACAUUGGAAAAUGUUCAUAGGAAAAGCCGCAUUCCAGCAGAAGCUGCCGUUUGAGAAUCAACAACUGAUAAGUUUGAAUCAGUAAUGUAGACACUGUCUUGGUCCUUUGUCUGUCAUCUUUUAGAAAUAGUUUAAAGGUAUUUCAUAAUAUAAUUUAAAUAUAAACAUAAUUUAAAUUGAUCAAUGUCUGAGAAAUGUAUCAUAGUUUGGGGACAUCUCAAGUGUUUCUCAGUAGUUAUUCUAAAAUGUGGUUUCUUACUCCCUUAUCUGAGAAUUACAGCUAACUUGUGACCACAAAAUGCAAAUGAACAAACAGCAUUACAAUCCACUUCUCAACUGUUGCUCAGUAGUUUUAUGAACAGUUCUCAAUUUGCCAGUAGGCUGUUGGUGGCCCUUCUGUCUUUGAGUUUUUGACUCAUGAGGAGGUAAUAGUAAUGCAGAAGAGGUAUGUUUGCAGCCCUAUCCAUAAUUAUUGGUCCCCUGUUGAAAAGUUGUAAAAACCGUCAGGAUAAAUGUAUUGCAGCAGCAUAAGGUCACACAAUUCUUUUCUUUAUUGUAAAGAAAAUCAACCCUUAUUUUGGUAAAUUCAAAAUGUUGGUGACAGGUGAACCGUUUUGGUGUUGGUUUGACUCUUGUUUUUUGCUGACAGAUCCAAUGAUGAUAAACGUUGAGUUGUCUGGAAGAAGCAACUCAACAAUUUCCAUUUAAAAUAUCUCAAUAAUUUAAGGAUUUCAUGCAUACCACCACAAAAACAGAUAUUUCCUAACAAUGGAUAUUUUUUUUCUUGUUGAAUAAAUAUACUGAAAAUAAAGGUUGAGUUUUCUUAAUUGUUUAGUGUACAAUUAUGCUGCUGCAAUAAAAGCUUAAUUUAUUUUAUGGCUUUUUACAGAGCUUUAUUGUGUGUGUGCAUAAGUGCAGGAGGGCCCUGUUGUGAUGUGAAUAAUGAAUGCAAGCUAGCACUGUACAAAGUCUCAUCAAUGAUGCCUGUUGGUAAAAAUGUUUAUUCAAUUUUAAAAAAAAUAUUCCCUUGCAGUUUGGUGCUGCAGCCAUCAUUGAUAAAUUAUGACUAUUGACUGCUUCCCAUUUCUUAUGGAGCACAUAUGUAAGAUCAUCACCCAGAAAUGGUGUCUAGGUGCAAAAAUGGUUUUUAAAAUUUCUUUUCUUCCUUCGAAAAACAACAAAGGCCUCAUUAUGUCUCAUUUUCAUACUUUGCAAAAUUAUAGAUUUUGUGGCUCUAAAACAUAAUGACAUUUUCCCUUUCAGAAACAACAGAACCAAACUGGAAGUAAUUGUUUUGUUUGUACAGAAGCAAGAAAAACCACAUUAGUCCUGUCUCGACCAACACAAAGUCAGAUUAAAUAUCGAUUAAUUGAACAAACAGGUGAACUCACCUGAAAUAUACCAUACAACGUACAGACAAUUUGUAAAGUUUCUUGAUUUCAUUUAAUCAGCAAGGUAUCCCACUCUGACACCAAGGUCAUUGUAUCCUGGAACUGCUCGAGUCACCCAGCCUCCCCCAUCACUCCCAUAGCUAGUUGGGGUCCAAACUGGACUCUGUGUCUGCAGGGCAGCAGGAGAUCAUUUUUCUCAGUUUAAGGGAUUAGUGGUUGCUCUUCACCACGACCAUUUCAGAGGCCUGAAAAUUAGCCUGAUCCUUCGUACCCAGCUGUGCCGUCGCUGGGGGUUGGAGAAAGGGAUCAGAGGGACCACCCCCCCACCCCUGCCCGCCGGCAGAAACUGUUGGACUGUGUCUCAAGUGUUUGAAAUAAUUCAACACUCAUCUGUUCCACUGUGAAGUAUGAGAAUAAGCAUUUUUACUCCUAUUGAACUACUUGUUACAUCUUGUAUCUUUUUUGUUUUGCCUUUGUAUACAUAUUAACCCAGAUCAUACAGGUUAAAAAGACUUUCUCUUGCCAAAGUGUUACUAACAACUGAUUCUUUUUUUUUUUAAUCAACCAUUUUUUUAAAAGGAUUUUCACAGAUGCGCUUUGAAAAGGUCCACCAUUCUGAUUGGACAAGACUCCAUGGCAGCUGGUUCAUUUGCUUCUCAAGAUGACAGAUGGCAAAACACAAACACAAAAAGAGAGAGAGCCAUGAUGAAGUAAUGAGGAUGCCUGCCACAAUGAGGGAAACUACUUUUCUCACUUUCUCCAACAAACUUUGGCCCUGCUCAGUGCACACAGAUGAAAAACAAACUUGAGAGCAUUUAGCAUAUUUAUCACGCUCUGUGAUUUAGGAAGACCUUUAACAAAUAGUGACGCUUGGUCUGCAAUAUCUCCAAUUUUCAUUUUUGGGCCGAAACUUCACUUUUCCGUUACAAUAAAUUUUGAUUUUGUGACA